AUGGCGUGGACGCUAGUAACGCCGUCAUCAAGAGGGAUCGGGUUCGCGUUGACGCGUCAUCUACUACGAACGCUUCCUCCAACAAUCCCAGUUGUCGCAACAGCACGAUCAGACCUACCAGGGGUCAAGGAGAACCUUCUUGCAUCACUUGAGCUGUCUCCAAAACAAGCAGCUAGGCUGGAUGUUCGAGGAUGCGACGUCCUUUCCGAACCUUCCAUCGAGCAGCUGGCAGAAUAUUGCAAAGAUCGAUAUAACGACAGAGCCAAGGACAAGAAUGCGCACUUGCGCUUGGGAUUCAUGAUUCCUGGCAUGUUAGUCCCCGAGAGGGCUCCGGACAAGAUAGAGUACGAGUCUGCUCUGGAUACAUUGAAGCUCAAUCUCUUGGCACCCAUGAUGCUUGUGAAGCAUUUCGUCGGCUUUCUGCCACGAAAAUCGACAACGCUUGAGCCAGAGGACGGUCUUCCGGAUCCGGCUGUACUGGCAUUGAUGAGUGCCAGGGUCGGCUCCAUAAGCGACAAUCGCUUGGGUGGUUGGUACAGCUAUCGUGCGUCAAAGGCAGGCUUAGGCCAGCUUGUUAAGUGCACGGAUAUCUUCCUAAAGAUGAAGACUGGUACUAAGGCCAUGUGCAUCGGGCUCCAUCCGGGGACGGUCAAAACUGGUCUGAGUGAGGAAUUUUGGGAGAGCACAGCAAAGGAAAAGCUUUUCAGUCCCGAGUUCGCCGCGGAAAGGUUGCUUGGGGUCGUCGAAGGCCUGGAAGAAGCCAAUGGGGGAAGAUGUUGGGACUGGCAAGGCAAGGAGAUUCCUCCAUGA